AUGCGUCUUUUCAGUCUCCUUUCGCUUUGUCUUCUAUUCACCGCCCGCGGGACACGCUCCGAAAACCGGUUCCGACGACCGCCUGGCCCGGGCCCCACCGGCGACUUCCGAGACAACCUUGUGUACCCGUUGGGAACCCAGCUCGAUCUGCAAUGGGAGACGGACUUUACGGCAAUCGACUUGAUAAUAUGGCACGAAGCAAAGUAUCCGACAAACGAAGCCACGUACGCUAGAAUCAUCUCAAACACGCGAUCGCUAGGGAUGCUUUGGACGGUCAGCUUCAAUGGCUUCCCUUCACAUCAUGACCCAACUUUGGGCCCGGUGUAUUUUAUCCAAAUGUUCAACCAUAGCGCCACCGUGGGAGAUAUCACCUGCCACUAUUUCAACAUUACCGACUCUGCGGUAUCCGCCUCGACGACAACCUCCGCAGCUCCCACCUCGACGGCCUCGAGUGUGACGGUAGCUGCUACAUCGGCCAACCCAACUCCAACCGCGUCAUCUACCCCGGGUGGUGGAAAUAACGGCGCUUCCACCGGCACAGUUGCCGGCAUUGCAGUGGGCGCCGUCGUAGGAACUCUGGCCAUCGCAGGUCUGGUGGGUUGGUUCAUCUGGAGGCGUCUGCAAAAGAAGAAGCUGAGCCACGAGAAUGGUGGUGAAGGAGGAAGUAACGAAGGAUAUCUCCCUGCUGCUCAGGAGGUUGGGCCCUCGCCGCCUGUUGAGUGGAAAUACGAGCUUCCAACGAAUGCUCAGCAGCAUCGUUACGAAGCUGACGGGACGGGAGAGGUGAGGUAUGAGUUAUUCAGUGAACCUGUCGCUCCCGAAAGCGAGAACAAAACGUUGAAGGUGAGGGAGAAUGAAAUGCCGAGAUACCAGUGA